AUGAGCUCGUUGAAAGAGAGAAAGCAAGAUUUUGUCGCAGGUCUUAGUGGUGGUGAAAUACCAGAAAUUAAUGCUGUCACAUCAAUUGCCCUUGUGGCUUACUUUUCCUGGAGUUUAAUCAACAAGUACACUGAUCUUUUCAAAGGCUCCAAAAAAUGGGAACCAACUAGUCUGAUAAUUGACUUCUUGCUGAACUGGGGUGGCUUAUUAUUAUCUAUUACAGUAUAUUCAGGCUCUCCACUUUUCUUAGCUGCUGCAAUUUUAUUGCCAUCGGCCUCAUUGAGCGUGCUAUUUGGAACACCAAUCAAAGUGAAAGCCGAUCAAAAACCUGCCUCAAAAACAUUAACAGACAAGACCUAUCUAACUAAAAAACCGUUCAUCACGGCAUAUAGAGGUGGGAUGCUCAUUAUCACAACACUGGCUAUCUUAGCUGUUGACUUUCAGGUGUUUCCUAGAAGGUUUGCCAAAGUUGAAACUUGGGGGACCUCUUUAAUGGAUUUAGGUGUUGGAUCUUUUGUCUUUUCUAUGGGUAUUGUUUCAACAAGAAGUAUCAUAUUAGCAAAAUUCAACAAUGUUAAGGUCACAUAUAUCUCUAGGUUAUGGAAGUCAAUUUCAAGCAGCUUUACCGUUCUUGGGCUUGGUUUUUUAAGACUAUUUUUUGUUAAAAAUCUAGAUUAUCAAGAACAUGUCUCUGAGUAUGGUGUUCAUUGGAAUUUUUUUAUCACAUUGGUACUUGUGGGACCUCUAACUAUUUUUAUGAGUCCUUUGUUUUCUGUUAUACCACGUUGUAUAGCUGGUCUUCUGGUUUCUUUGGUCUAUGAAUGGUUCAUUGUCAAUAGAGAAGGGUUUUUGAAUUACUUAUUGCUAGCACCAAGAACAGAUUUGGUAAGUUCAAAUAGGGAAGGAAUCUUCUCUUUGUUUGGAUAUCUAUCAAUCUUUUUAGCGGGUCAAUCUACAGGAUUCUAUGUGCUACCUUCAGUCAAGUCUAAAUAUAACUUGUUCAAGCCAAGUGACAAAAACACCAUCAUCAGUACACAAACCUCCAAACUGACGUUUUUCCAAAGACUUACAACAGUGUCACCAAUAACGGGUCUCCUUAUCUGGUUUGUGGUUUAUCUUUCAGCAUUCAACUUUGUCUCAGCAAAUCAUGAGUAUAGUGUCUCAAGAAGACUAGCAAAUCUGCCAUAUGUUCUUUGGGUUUGUGCUUAUAACACGGGUUUCCUUACCUUUUAUGCCUUGACAGAUAAACUUUUAGACUCUGCUACAUCAUCAUACGAAGAAAAGGUUCCUCCUUCUUUAGAAUCCAUCAACUCUAACGGUAUGAUUCUGUUUUUGUUAUCAAAUGUAUCUACAGGUUUAGUCAAUAUGACAAUCAACACACUGGAUGCCUCCACUGGAAAGUCAAUGGUGGUUCUUUUUGCAUACUCCUCAUUAAUUGCCCUUGUUGGAGCAUUCCUCUACUAUAAUAAAAUCUUUAUUAAAUUAUAG